GCGCCGGCGUACCCUUGUGGGGCCCGUAAAGCGCGGAAGGUCGCGGUCCCCGGCUUUCCCCGGAACUUUUUGCUCCCUCCGCCCCGCCCCUUUCCCUUCCCCGUUCCCCGCGUUCUGGCGCCGGGACCCCCCAACCCCCGCAGCUGUUGUGGCUGCUGCCCCGCUGCCGCCGGGGUGCUGCUGACCGCGGAGCCCGCGGGGGCCCGUCAGUGUGCAUGUCGGGGGUCUCCGCCGUAGCCGAGUGAGAGCGCACCGCCGAGCUGCUGGCAGACGUGAUGUCUUACCGGUUGCUGUCGGUGGUCCGAAGACAAAGGACCGGCCGAGGAUGGCAGAACUGGUCGUCGGGGAGGAGCGGCGCGUCGGCUGCCGAGGCGCAUUCUGUCACCCUGCCUGCCCAGGCGCAGGUGGUCAUCUGUGGUGGUGGGAUCAUGGGCACAUCCGUGGCCUAUCACCUCUCCAAGAUGGGGUGGAAGGAUGUUGUCCUUCUGGAGCAGGGCAGGCUGGCUGCUGGCUCUACGAGGUUCUGUGCUGGUAUCCUGAGCACCGCCAGGCACUUGACCAUCGAGCAGAAGAUGGCAGACUAUUCCAACAAACUCUACCACCAGUUAGAGCAAGAGACGGGGAUCCAGACAGGUUACAUAAGGACAGGCUCAGUCUUUCUGGCCCAAACUCAGGACCGGCUGAUCUCCCUGAAGCGCAUCAACUCAAGACUGAAUGUCAUAGGCAUCCCUUCUGAGAUCAUCUCCCCCAAGAAAGUCGCCGAACUUCACCCUCUCCUCAACGUGCACGACCUGGUGGGGGCCAUGCAUGUUCCCGAGGAUGCCGUAGUGUCCUCUGCUGAUGUGGCUCUUGCCCUGGCAAGUGCUGCCUCCCAAAAUGGUGUUCAGAUCUAUGACCGGACCAGCAUUCUUCAUGUAAUGGUCAAGAAAGGUCAAGUUACUGGUGUGGAGACAGAUAAAGGACAGAUCGAGUGCCAGUAUUUUGUCAACUGUGCUGGUCAGUGGGCAUACGAGCUGGGUCUGUCCAACGAGGAGCCGGUUAGUAUCCCGUUACAUGCCUGCGAACACUUCUACCUUCUGACUCGCCCCUUGGAGACCCCUCUGCGGAGCAACACACCAACUAUUGUGGAUGCCGAUGGAAGAAUUUAUAUCCGGAACUGGCAGGGUGGCAUCUUGUCUGGGGGCUUUGAGAAGAACCCGAAGCCAAUCUUCACGGAGGGCAAGAACCAGCUGGAGAUUCAGAAUCUGCAGGAAGACUGGGAUCACUUUGAGCCCCUGCUGAGUUCCCUCCUGCGUCGCAUGCCAGACCUGGAGACUCUGGAGAUCCUGAAGUUGGUGAACUGCCCCGAAACCUUCACCCCAGACAUGAGGUGCAUCAUGGGCGAGUCUCCUUCAGUUCAGGGCUACUUUGUGCUGGCGGGAAUGAACUCUGCUGGCCUUUCAUUUGGUGGAGGGGCUGGAAGGUACCUCGCUGAAUGGAUGGUGCACGGUUACCCAUCGGAAAACAUCUGGGAGCUGGACCUGAAGCGUUUUGGAGCCCUCCAGAGCAGCCGCACCUUUCUGCGCCACCGGGUCAUGGAAGUCAUGCCUCUGCUGUACGAUCUGAAGGUUCCCCGUUGGGACUUCCAGACCGGGAGGCAGUUACGCACCUCUCCUCUCUAUGACCGGUUGGAUGCACAAGGAGCCAGGUGGAUGGAGAAACAUGGAUUUGAGAGGCCGAAGUACUUUGUGCCACCGGACAAGGACCUCCUGGCAUUGGAGCAGAGCAAGACGUUCUAUAAGCCAGACUGGUUUGACAUUGUGGAGUCUGAAGUCAAGUGCUGCAAGGAAGCUGUGUGUGUCAUUGACAUGUCUUCUUUCACAAAGUUUGAAAUAACAUCCGCCGGGGACCAGGCACUGGAAGUCCUACAGUACCUCUUCUCCAACGACCUGGAUGUGCCUGUGGGCCACAUUGUGCACACCGGCAUGCUCAACCAGGCCGGGGGCUAUGAGAACGACUGCAGCAUCGCGCGCCUGGGCAAGCGCAGUUUCUUCAUGAUUUCCCCCACCGACCAGCAGGUCCACUGUUGGGCCUGGCUUAAGAAACACAUGCCGGAAGACAGCAACCUGCUUCUGGAGGAUGUCACCUGGAAAUACACUGCCCUCAAUCUGAUCGGUCCCCGAGCUGUGGAUGUGCUGUCUGAGCUGUCCUAUGCCCCUAUGACUCCAGACCACUUCCCAAGUCUGUUUUGCAAGGAGAUGAGUGUGGGCUACGCAAAUGGCAUCCGGGUGAUGAGCAUGACUCACACAGGAGAGCCGGGAUUCAUGCUUUAUAUCCCCAUAGAGUACGCCCUGCACGUGUACAACGAGGUGAUGAGUGUUGGGCAGAAAUACGGGAUCCGGAAUGCCGGCUACUAUGCUCUUCGUAGUCUGCGGAUUGAGAAGUUUUUUGCCUUCUGGGGUCAGGAUUUAAAUACCCUCACCACGCCCCUGGAAUGUGGACGAGAAUCUCGGGUGAAACUGGAAAAGGGGAUGGACUUCAUUGGCCGAGAUGCCCUGCUGCAGCAGAAGCAGAAUGGGGUGUACAAACGCCUCACCAUGUUCAUCCUGGACGAUCAUGACACUGACCUGGACCUCUGGCCAUGGUGGGGAGAGCCCAUUUACCGCAACGGGCAGUAUGCGGGCAAGACCACCAGCAGUGCCUACAGCUACACCCUGGAGCGCCAUGUCUGCCUGGGCUUCGUGCACAAUUUUUCUGAGGACACUGGGGAAGAACAGGUGGUGACAGCAGAUUUCAUCAACCGGGGGGAGUACGAGAUUGACAUCGCAGGACACCGGUUCCAGGCCAAGGCAAAGCUCUACCCGGUCACCUCGCUCUUCACCCACAAGCGCCGGAAGGAUGAUGUGGAGCUCAGUGACUUGCACGGGAAGUAAUGGCCACUAGCCUCGCUUCCCCACCUGCCCACUCCCGCAGGGCUCCCACCGCCCCCAGCUCCUUGAUGGGAUUUUAAACUUCACCUGCUUUUAAAUCUUUUGCUUUGCAGGCUCUCUUCUCCUUCCACCUUCCCUCCUCCCUUUUGUACCUUCCCAUCCCACCCACCCUCCCAGCGACCCCUUCACCCCUCAGAUUCCCAGGGCGACAUGAAACAUGUCUGAUGGGCAGGACAGGUGCGAACUCCACUUGUGGAAGUAGGUAACCAUGACAGUCUGAUUUCUAAUGUCUCGAAGCAAGGGAAGCGGGUGGUGUGCAGGCCUCCGGGCACGAGUCCCACUCCCUGAGGCUAAGUUUUCUUGGAGCAACCUGUUCAUUUUGGUGGGUCGUUGUGUGUCUGAAUCAGCCCUGUGCUCGAGCCCGCCCGUGCUGUUGCGCCAGGCAGACCAUUCUCCUUUUCCAUUGGGCUGUGGGUGGGCACCCUGAUACCUCUAGCAAGAGGUUGACCAUCUACCUCAUUCAUGAGAGGCAUCACGUGGACGUUACCUGGUCUCUAGCAAACAGCUGACCUGGCUCCGGCCUAAAAUCUUCCUCCUGUCUCAGUCAGCUCUCUCUCUCAGAGGGUUUGUUGGCCUGAGUAAACAAGCCGGUGUUUGAAAGGGAAAAACCAUGUUGCCUUUUGUGUUGCUCUUCCCAGCUGAAAGGGGUCUGCUCUCUGAAGGUGCUCAGCACCGAGGUGGUUUCCCGCCCUUAGAAGGCUGCUGCUGCUUCCUGCCGCUCCGAGCUCGGUGACCCAACCCAGCAUCUCCCUCACCGGUCCCUUGUUCAGCAGGCACUGCUGUCCCUUUGGAACAGGGCGGGUGUGUGCUACCCUGGUGAGGAACCAAAUCUUGCUGGCCGUUCUGAGUUUGAGCGUGCUGCUGGCCUCCCAUGUUUGGCUUCCUCUGGCCCAGAACAGGCAGAUGCCCCCAGAGUAACCCCAGGGGUCUGUGGAGAGGGUACGUGAGUCGGCUGGCUGCCUGCCCAGCCAGCCGGCGCUCUGGGUCUCUGGAAUGGAAAAGGGCCUGGGGCGCCAGGAAGGCCCUUCCCCCCCCCCCCCCCCCCCCCCCGUGAGGUAGGAGGUAGGGUCUGCGCCCAGCCUUUGCUGUUCCAGAUUUUAAAUCUUUGUCGUCGUAACUUGGAAGCAUUAGCUCUGAUAGGCCUCUAUACUGAAGAGUCAUUUGUUUUAGAGGAGCUUAAAAUUCUCAGGUGGGUCUGUCUGCUGUGGCAUCUCUUGGGGUCUGUUUAAUCAGACAGAUUCCUUCUAGACACUGCUUGCCAUUUCCCCAGACAACUACUUGACUACUGACUGCUCAAAGAGGUCUCAAUUGAUUAGGUCGUUAGAACUCUGUUUCCAGAGAGCUGCUGCCCCUGCGUAGGGAGGAGAAAGGGGCAGGCGGGUUGCCCCGCUGCAGAGCAGAGUGCAGCAGCUGAGAUGCGCGUAGGAGAGCAGGGACUGGGCGCUGGGCUGACUCAGCUGUGAGCGGCAGGGGCCCAGCUGACCAAGGAACUCGGUGCUAAAGUAUCGAGGAUACACAGAGUAUCCUGUGCUCUGUGCCACGCUCGUCUUUGUAAAUGAAAGUUUAGGGUUGAAUCUAAAAGACAUUCUAGAUUUAUGUGUUAAUUUUAUCUUAGCCAUAAAUAAGGGUCACAAAAAGACUGGCGAGAUGUUAACAUCCUGGGGCAUCACUUGUUUAUUGAGGGCCCCUGACACACACAUUUCACUUCUGCCACUUUGACACUCACCCCUGAAGUCUCUUGCUCAAUUCAGACAUCAUCAGUGUGAAUCUAGUAGUUUCCCUCUUUGGUCCUAACUCUGAAGGGGGUGACUCCUGCCUCCCUGCACACCAGGCAGUCAGGCCACGCGCACUUACCUUGUGUGAUCACUCAUCUCUCGCUAGAGAUCCCUCAGAUCUGGACUCCCAGACUGGACGAUGGCUGGUCCUUUUUUUCUCUAAAAUGAUCUGCCGUCACCUCUUGUGCUCUCUUGAGGGAGGGGCUCUACUCUCCUUUUUAAACCUGGAAACACAAAGUGUACCAGCCUAAAGCAGAUGAAAACUCACGGCUGCCAGUCUCCUGUGGCCCCUCUCCGCCCCUGGAAUACCUGCUAAGUCCCUGCUUACUCGCGCCACAUGGAAAUCCUGGUUCCCAGCCCUGCCGUGGUCACUCGUCUUAUAUGGAAGCUUGCAGCAGACACACUGCUUGUCCAUAACAAUGGCACGAAAGUCAGGAAAGCUCUAAUUUGGAAAAUUUAAGAGCAAGGGACAAGAACUACCUGCUAACCUGUGUUGGAGCCACAGACCACCACAUGGGCAGGACCUGCUCCAGGAGAGAGAACCAAACUAUUCCCACUACAUUUCUAGUGCUCUGCUGGGGGCGGGGGUCCCUCCCUGUACCCCCAAAUACAAGAGCUGCCGUUCAGGCCAAGGGCCCAGAGACCAUUUAAGCUCAGUGAUUAACCUCAGUUACCCCAUUUCUGCAGGAGAAACCCGGUCACUUGGCUUCUCACCAGGAGACAUGUCCAUGGAUUCUACCUUCUUAUACAGACCAACACUUUUACCUCUUUCGAAAAUCACUAAAGUGAAGUAACUCCACUUUCUCCAUUACCCUGCCUCUGAGUGCAUUUGAAAUGUUAACCCCUCCCCCCCACACACACCACAGAUGGGGCAGGAAUGACAGCAGCUUUCUAAAAGUGGUUUAGCUUCACUGAAGAGCUGACUGCUCACUUUGCUUUUUGGCUCGGUUUAUCCUCUGCCUGACGGACACGUGCUGGCAUCAGAGUGAGUCUUUACCCUCCUCUGAGAACCUAAGGGAGAUAAAAGGGAAGCUUCUAUAACCUUUUGUCUUGGUUCUGACCCUAGAAGGCUGUGUCCUGGCUGACUUUCAGGGGUAGCUACUGGGUUCAAUCUUCUUUGUAGCUGCUGGACCAGUAUAAGCAGCAAGCAUCCCCCUUAGUGUCCAAGGUAGAGGUGUGGUCACUACUGCUUAAUACUGAAGAACUUUCUCCUGUUUCCAUUUUCUUUUGCAUACCCCCCUGCACCCACAUCCCUCCCCAAAAUGAUAAAAGCAGCUUUUAUCAGCACGAUAAAGGGAACAUUUUCACGAGUCAAGAAUAGUCAUUUGCAGGCACAUGGAUUCAGGAGCAGCACAGCAGAGGGGCAGAAAUGGUAGCUGACAGAAGGGUUGUUAGGCGCUAACCGUGUCCCGCAACGAGCUGUGAGCCCCGACUCUGCCUGGCAGUGCCUCUCUGGCAGCCCCCACCUCGGCCUCCUCCACUGCAAGGUGCUGAGUUGUAAGGCUCCCUCCUCACCCACACAGGGCUUGCAUUUGCAGUCCCUCAUCACUACAAAUGCACUAUUUUUCCAGAGAACGGAAUAUUUUUGUAUGUCUUUGCCUUCUGUCCAUUAAACACCAGAGUUAUUCAUUGUAUAAUAUGAUUCUUGACUUCUCUGAGCAGAGAAUCUGCAUCCCUUGAAGAAUUACACAUUUCUUCAUGGGCUUUCUCUUAUUUAGAUGUACCUAUUCUUACCCUUCGCAAACCUUUUCUGCCUUCUCGGUUUUCUCUCUCUCAAGGACAGAAAUUACAAGAGGGUGGAGAGGAUAUUAUUAGCAUCUGUUUCAAAAGAUCUAUGCCAGGAUUUCCUUUGCACACCAAGAACUGGAGCUGGGAGUACCCUCCCUUUAAGCCCGGUUCAUCGUGCCUUACCCCAGAAUGUCCCAUGGUGGGUGUAGACAGGAAGGAUGAAAAGAAACUUCAUUUCAGUCUGAGGGUUCCCAUCCACCCCACCAUAGCCUCCCUUCCCCAGAUCAAGCAGGUGAGGGGUAGAAAGUUUCUGCAGCUUGUUUCAAUCAGGGGGUUUCUAGCAGCAUAGUUAAUACUCUCGGGGCUACUCUUGGGAUCCGGGAAAUGCCACUGUAAUGAUUGUACAGGGCUGUAACUCCUUAUUUACGUUUAUAAAUGUGCAGUUCGCUCAGCCCCUUUCUGUCCCUGUGUAGCGUCAGCUUGUGGUGCUGAAGACCUCUGAGGCACUUCAGGGGAUGGGAUUUUUCUCAAGAGCUCUGGUGACUUCAGGUACCUAGGGGGACUGAGCAUUUCUGCCUCCAUGAAUGCGGUAUUAACAUUGUGCACUGUGUUUCUAUCAAGCCAGAUUCCAAUUAAGAUUUUCUUUUCAUAUUACUGUUUGUAAAUGAAUAAACACAUUUUAAUUAC